AGAAGAUGCUGGGUAUUUUGGGUGACUAGCACUAUUCCCACUUUUUCUUUUCAAUCCCUGAGCUAUUGUUUACUAAGACAUUCUUUUAUUCCGGUUUCUACUAACGCUGAAUGUUACCUGGGUGGAAAGCGUAAUUGCUUUCUUUUUUUUUUUUUAGGCCCUUAAACCCUUUGCUAAUGUUUCUGUCUGAGAGUUCCCAAAGCCAGGGUUCUAGGAGAGCUGGGCCUGUCUGAGCAGCUGACCCACGAAAUAAUGCAAUGGUGGAUUUGAUCUUCACAACAUGCUGGCCCAGUAAACCUCCAGGGAAGAAAGAAAGCCAAGGGCCUUGUCUUCCUCCUCCCCCCUUUCCUCUCCCCUUUCCAGGAGAGGAUUUGCCUAGAAGUGGGAAGGGGCGCCUGACGCCCGAGAGAGCCUGACGCCCAUUCUCAGGCCGGGGCUGCCGGCCUCCAGCUGCUGCGCGGACCUGAGGCCUGGGCCAUGCCCACAAGCCCCUGAAGCUCGCCUGGAGGAGGGAGCAUGCCGGGCGCCCCGGCCGGAGGCUUGGGCCCGGGGCUGCCCGCUGUGGACAGACGGACGCUCCUGGUCUGCAGCUUUAUCCUGGCAGCAGCUUUGGGCCGAAUGAAUUUCACAGGAGACCAGGUUCUUCGAGUCCUGGCUAAAAAUGAGAUGCAACUUUGCCUUCUCAGGGAUCUGGAGGGCCUGAAGCCCCAGAAGGUGGACUUCUGGCGUGGCCCGGCCAGGCCCAGCCUCCCUGUGGACAUGAGAGUUCCUUUCUCUGAACUGAAAGGCAUCAAAGAUUAUCUGGAGUCUCACGGCCUUGCUUACAGCGUCAUGAUCAAGGACAUCCAGGUGCUGCUGGAUCAGGAGAGAGAGGCCAUGGCGAGAUCCCGCCGGCUGGAGCGCAGCACCAGCAGCUUCAGUUACUCCUCUUACCACACCCUGGAGGAGAUAUAUAGCUGGAUUGACAGCUUCGUCACUGAGCAUGCAGAUAUUGUCUCAAAAAUUCAGAUUGGCCACAGCUUUGAAAAUCGAUCCAUUCUUGUCCUGAAGUUUAGCACCGGAGGUUCUGAGCGCCAGGCCGUCUGGAUCGACACUGGAAUUCACUCCCGGGAGUGGAUCACCCAUGCCACCGGCAUCUGGACUGCCAAGCAGAUUGUCAGCGAAUACGGCAAAGAUUGCACCCUGACACACCUAUUGAACACCAUGGACAUCUUCCUGGAGAUCGUCUCCAACCCUGAUGGCUUUGCUUUCACCCACAGCAUGAACCGCUUGUGGCGGAAGAACAGGUCCAACCAACCCGGAAUCUCCUGCAUUGGUGUGGAUCUUAACAGGAACUGGAGGUCAGGCUUCGGAGAAAAUGGGUCUAAUGACAACCCAUGCUCAGAGACGUAUCAUGGACCCUACCCGCACUCGGAGCCAGAGGUGUCUGCCAUUGUGAACUUCAUCACAGCCCACGGGAACAUCAAGGCUCUGAUUUCCAUCCACAGCUACUCUCAGAUGCUCAUGUACCCUUAUGGCCACUCGCUGGAGCCUGUUUCAAACCAGGAGGAGUUGUACAAUCUUGCCAAGAGAGCAGUGCAGGCCCUGUACAAGGUCCACGGGAUCAAGUACAUUUACGGCAGCAUCAGCACCACCCUCUAUGUGGCCAGUGGGAUCACCGUCGACUGGGCCUAUGACAGUGGCAUCAAGUACUCCUUCAGCUUUGAGCUCCGGGACACUGGGCGCUAUGGCUUCCUGUUACCGGCCACACAGAUCAUCCCCACGGCCCAGGAGACGUGGAUGGCAAUUCGGACCAUCUUGAAGCACGCCCUGAGGCACCCCUACUAGCAGCAUGAUCGAGGGCAGAGCAGGAGAGGUCAUCCUCCUCCCCAAGGCCCGGGGCUCCUCCUGAACCCCAAAUUAGACACCCCUUCCUGAAAACCCUGCCAAGACCCCUUAGAAAAUAAAUCAAGUUU